AUGUUGGAACAAAUUACUCAAACCACCUCGCCCGACACCCUUGUGCAGGCCGCUGCGCAAAUUGGCGAUUUUAAAGCUAUGGGACUAUGCAACUUCACUCCCGUAGGUGCAUUGGAAGCCAUGAUGGAAGUAUUGCAUGUGACGAGUGGAUUGCCCUGGUGGGGUUCCAUUGCGGUGGCCACAGUGUUAGUACGUUUGGCGUUACUUCCACUGAUGAUCAAGAUCCAACGUAACAAUGCCAAACUGAUGAAUAUCAAUCCCGAUGUGACUCGUAUCAUGGAUAACCUGAAAAAGGCACAGCAAGAAGGCGAUGCGAUGGCAACGGGCAAAUAUACGCAUGAAAUCCAAGAUUUGUUCAAGAAGAACAAUUGUCAUCCCAUGAAAUCGUUGGGUUUGCCUUUGGUUCAAAUGCCGGUGAUGAUUUCCUUCUUCAUGGCUUUACGAGCCAUGGCUGAGUUACCUGUACCUGGUAUGUCCACGGGUGGUAUGGCCUGGUUCACGGACCUCACGGCUCAGGAUCCCUACUACAUCUUACCGGUGGCCAGUGCGGCUGGUGUCAUGUUGGUUUUGGAGGCCGGUACCGAGGCUGGUGCAGCCACUCCUCAGAGCAAAGGAAUGAAAAAUCUUUUCAGAGGUCUCACCGUUCUCAUGGUCCCUUUCACUGCAUGGAUGCCUAGCUCGGUUUUUGUUUACUGGGUGACGUCUAAUGCUUUCUCCAUUGGUCAAAUCCUUGCCUUGAAGAAUCCCACCGUUCGUAAAGCUCUCAACAUCCCUCCCUUAGUAAAACCUGCCAAAGAAUUGCAAAAAAACAGUAAGAGUUUCAUGGAGAAUUUCAGAGACCAGCAAAAGCACUAUGACAAGUUGGAAAAGGAUCGUGUCCUCCGUGAGCGACAGCAGGCCGCCGCCAUGGCACGUAGAGCUUCCAAGCGCAGAUUUUAG